AUGGUCCAAAAAGGCCGCCUUGCUUCCUUUUUCCGUCCAUGGGGCCUGAUAUGGUUCUCUAUUUGCCUGCACUGGGAAGCUUUCAUAGAAGCGGUUCGUCGGGACGGUCUCGCAGCACUUGUGCGCUUACGACAGAUUCGAGAUGCCGCUUUAGCAAAGUUGCUCAGUAUAACCUCUGGCAAUUUUAUCGCUUACGAAGACACAACCAUCGUUCCCUCGCUCGUACAAGCCGCUGGUGGCGUUAUCCUCGAACUGGGCCCUGGGCCAGGCAAUCAGAUUCAUCGUUAUAAUACCUCUCUUGUCAAUUAUGUCUAUGGUGUUGAACCUAACUGCCACUUCAAAGACGACAUAAAUGACAAGUUGGAGAAGCAUAGCCUGCGGGAUAGGUAUAAGAUUAUAGUUUCUGGCAUUGAAGAUAGCGAUGUUCUGAGAGAGGAGGGAAUAACGGAAGGGAGUUUGGAUGCCGUGUUAUGCAUCCAGGUCCUGUGUGCGGUAAAGGAUCCAAAGACCGUGAUGAAGGAAGUGUGGAAGCUACUGAAACCUGGAGGCAAAUUUAUAUUUUGGGAACACGGAUGGAGUAGAAACCAUUUGACGACUGUAGCGCAAGCUUUCUGGAAUCCUGCUUGGAGCACAUUUGUCGGAUGUCACAUGACCCGGAAUGUAUUGGCGGACAUUCUCAACAGUGGAGAGUGGGAGAACCCGGACGAUAUCGAAGAGCCUGAAGAUCCGUUUAGUUGUCUGCCUAGGAUUCAGGGUGUGCUUGUCAAGAAGGCCUAA